AUUAAAUUUAUUGCCCCAAUACCGGCCAAAAACCGAACCCUUCGAACCUUUUUUUUUGUCUAACAAGAGCUGUUUCAGGACACUUUAGGAAAUUCCAAGCAAUAAACAUUUAUAAUUUGUUUGAGAAGUAGGUACAGAGAGUGACAAAUACAAUACAAAUUCGUCAGUAGUUUGCUGAAAUUUUGGGAGAUAUAGAAUCAGUUUAGUUUCUUACUCUGAAAGAACAGCAACCAUGUCUUUGAAACGUAAACGUUUGUCUAUUAAAGAGAAAUUAAAUAUUGUCGCGGAAAGUGAAAAAUAUAACAGCAGUGCUCGAAAGUUGGCGGAAAAGUUUGGUGUUGGAAGAACGCAAGUGAACGACAUUUUAAAAAACAAAGUGGAAUUAAAAAAAAUGUUUGAAGAAGAAGGAUGCAAUGCAGAUAAAAAACGAAAGUUUCCUAAAACAGAAGGAUUUGCAAUCGAUCAACUAGUUUACGAAUGGUUUUGUAAGGCAAGGAACAAAAACAUACCCAUAUCGGGAACCUUAAUUCGGGAAAAAGCUCUUGAGGUAUCUACAUCCUUGAAACUUAGUGAAUUUAAGGCUUCAACUGGCUGGUUAAAUAAGUUUUGCAAGAGACAUAAUAUUAACUUCAAAACAAUUUGUGGUGAGUCUGCAGAUGUGGAUGAAGUGACUGUUGAAGACUGGAAAACAAAAUUAACAGCAAUCAUUAAGGAAUACGACACUAAAGACAUUUUUAAUGCAGACGAAACAGGGCUUUAUUAUAUGGCAAUGCCAAACAAAACCUUUGCUUUAAAGAAUGAUAAAUGUGCUGGCAAAAAAUCAGCUAAACAACGAGUGACACUGCUUUUCUGUUGCAGCAUGCAUGGUGAGAAGGAAAAUCCGCUAGUUAUAGGUAAGAGCAAAAACCCGAGAUGUUUUAAAGGAGCGCAUGUAGAUAAAUUGCCGAUAGAAUGGGUAUCCAACAAAAAAGCUUGGAUGACGACAGAUAUAAUGACAUCUUGGCUCAAAACCUUUGACACCAAAAUGAAACGGCAGGGUAGAAAAGUUCUUUUAUUUUUGGAUAAUGCCACGUCUCACCCAAAAAUAGAACUUGAAAAUGUUCGUAUAAUUUUUUUUCCUCCAAAUACGACAUCUCAUUGCCAGCCGUUGGACCAAGGAAUUAUUCAAAAUUUUAAAUUAAAAUAUCGUCAAUUUUUUAUUAAAAGACUUUUGACUUUUACUAAUACCGAAGAAACGAUGGAAAAGGCUAAAGAGAGCAUAAAUUUGGCAAGUACUAUGGUGUGGAUAAGUACAGCAUGGAAAAAUGUUACAUCGAACACUAUAAAAAAAUGUUUCCAAAAAGCGGGAUUUGCAACCGUCAAAGGGGACGAUGCAUUUGACGAAGAGGACGACAUUCCUUUAAGUCAGUUAUCUUCAAUUUUAAAAAACAUGCCAGGAAGUCCAGAUCUUAAAGAAUAUCUGACAGUCGAUUCAGAUGUCCCUACGGAAAAUCCUAGUUUAGAGAUGCAGGGAAUAAUACAGGAAUUUACAAACAACAAGGACAGACAGGACUCCACUCAAGCCGAAGAGGAAGAAGAUGAAGGCCAAGACAUUCUGUGUUCAUCUAUAAAUAAUAUGAGUGAAGUAUGUGAAAAAUUAAGAGACAUUCAGAAUUUUUUGGUGAUUCAAAACAAAGACGAACUAGCGGUUGAUAUUGCCCAUACUUUGAUGAAAUUUGAAAGUGAAAUUACAAAAAUCAAAAUUACAAAUUUAAAGCAGACUACCAUUAAUCAGUUUUUCACCAUAUAAAAUAAGGUUAUCAUUUUGUAACUUUUUAAAGUCAAUUGUA